GUUUAAAUUGUAGAAUUUGGGAUUGUACAGGAUGGGAGAAAGUUCACACAGACGAAGAGAAAAUGAAAUUAGAACUUAUUCGAAUGCAAAACCCUUUAAGAGGGGAAAUAGAGAAAGAAUUAAAGGAAAAAAUUAUAUUAAAUCAAAUAAAGCUAAUAUUAAAAAUAUUUCAAAGGCAAGGAAUCAAAAUGAGAGACAAAAAACAAUAGAAAAACAGAGAACCGAAUGGUUAAAAUUUGGAGAUUCUCCAUUAAAAAAAUCAAAUAAAGAAGCUACUUCCUGAGUUCCAAAUAUCAAAAGAGUGAUUUCACCAAAAAAGAAUAAUCUAAUAUGAGAAAAAGAUGGCGAAUAUGACCAAGUAACUCAUCCCGAAGCAAUUAAGCAUAUUAAAAAACUUUAUUCGAACGUUACCAAGCCAAAGAAACAUAGAAAGAAGCACCAGAUUUACCCAGGACAAGCUAAUCUCAAAGGAUACCUUGAAAAAGAAUUAAAAAGAAGAGCUAUACAUAAGCCUAAAGGUUCUCAAACAGACCAAGAAAAGGCUUGUCUGAGAUUAUAUGAAGAACAUAAAGACAGACAGAUAAGGAUGCAACAGAGGAAGAAAGAAAAAGAGAAGAAGGAGAAAAAGGAGAGGAAUCCAUGGGAGAGGACCAAAUCGAGAACAAGGAGCAGAAUGCGAAAAGAGAGACAGAUUAAGGAAGAGGAGGCUAAAUUUAAAGAUAAAAUUGUGAAGAUAGACAAAGAAGAACAGAACCUAAGAAAAGAAAAUGAGAAGAUACAAAAAGAUAGUCAAGAAAGAAUAAAGAGAUCAAACUUUAAAAUUGAAGGUUUUAAAAAAGAAUCUAGCAAUGUUGGAAUUAAUAGAAGAGAACUUAGUCAAAAAGACAAAUUAGAAAAUUUCAAGAGAGUUGAGAAUAAUAUAAAAAUCAAAUUAAGAUCAACUGAUAGCCAACGAAGCAACAAUACAAAGAUAUCAAUCAUGCCAAAAACUAAAACCACAGAUCCCACCCUCAUAAACCAUAACCCAAACCUGCAUCCCUAAAACUAAGACUACUACAUCCCUCCAAACCUAUUCAAAUCCCAAGAUAAUUCAAUUAAAUCUCUCCACACGCACAGAUAUUCCAUCUCGACCUGUCCAAAAGCCAUCAUCUCCAAUUAAACAGAAAGAAAUUCAGCAAGAAUCCUUCACAAGUCCACUUCAAAAUCAAGCUUCCAUCAACCAUGAUAAGAGAAUAUACAGCCUAAGCAAAAAGAUCUCAAGCCAAGGAGGGGCGAAGAGCUUGGCCAAGAACAAGAGUGUGGGAGGACAGCACGAUAGGAUAAAGAAGCUUAGAGAAUCUAACCUGCCUCAAGCACCUGCCAGUCAUGAAACUUUACAACAUAAUCAAAAUCUUUCAAAUCAAGUUUCUCCACAGUCACAAAGAACUUCUGCACAAAAGCCCAAGAAACCAGCCAAUCCUUCUUUUAAACCAAAUUACAAGCGAGUCUGCCAAGCCAAUCACUCAAGAUUCCUUACUCAAGCCGCUAAACCACCCAUCUCAAAUUUUAGCAGAAGAGUUUACAAAAGAGAAAUUAGGAAAGAAGAGACUCACCAGAAGGAAGUUACUAAGGAGACAGGGAUGGUGAAUAAGCCUUUUUUGAUGAAGGGAAAAGAGAGAGCGAUGAGUCUUAACCCAGCCCA